GUUCGAUGUUGACGGUUGUAUACCUCACUUGCUCAGGUUUGUCUGACUUUAUUUUUGCUUGGUUUGGUGUGAAAAACAAUAAAGUGCGUUACCUAAAAAGGAGCUUAAAAAAGAAAAUGUCAGUUUUCUCCGAAUCGGCUUUGGAGAAAAAAUUGGCAGAACUUAGCAACUCGCAGCAGAGUGUACAGACCCUGUCUCUAUGGUUAAUCCACCACCGAAAACACUCGAAAACCAUCGUCAAAGUCUGGUAUAAUGAGCUGACAAAAGCCCAGGUAUCUCGUAAACUGACAUUCCUUUAUCUCGCAAACGAUGUCAUCCAGAAUAGCAAAAGAAAAGGGCCAGAGUUCACCCAGGACUUCGCUCCAGUAAUUGUCGACGCCUUUAAACAUGUCUCCAGUGAAGGAGAAGAGGGCUGUAAGAAGCACCUGGAUCGGGUUUUGUCGAUUUGGCAGGAGAGAGCAGUGUACGAAAAUGACCUCUUGGAGAAACUUGUCAUAGUACUACAUGGAGACAAGAAGGCCAAGAAGCGAGCGUAUGAGGAGAUUAAAGUGAAAGAUGAUGACUUUCCCUGCCAGAGCUCUCCAGCGAAUCCACCACAGACAGCGGAUUUGAUCCGGGCACUGCAGGAGUUGGAGAACGCGGCUUCAAGUGACUCCACUUUACGACAGAGGAUCUCUGCUUUACCCCCAGAGGUGCAGGACUCUUCCCUGCUGCACAGAAUCACAGAUAAGGAGUCGGGAGAACGCUUAUCCAGACUGGUAGAGGAGGCCUGCAUGCUCCUGGCAGAUUACAGUGGACGCCUGGCAGCCGAGAUCGAUGACCGACGGCAGCUCACACGUCUGCUCGCACUUUUUUUGCAGAGUCAGCGGGAUGGCCUGGCCAAGAAUGAGCAGAAACUAGAAGAUUACAAGCGCAAACUGGCUCAAGUUACCCAGGUACGGAAGGAGCUCCGAUCUCGCCUCAACAACUUCCCGGAUCUAUCUCGGCUUCCUAAUGUGACAGGUGCCCACGUGCGCUUGCCCUCGUCUGGUGAUCUCUACAGCCCCUCUGACUGUAUGUCCAAAGGCGAGAAGGACAGUAAGCACUGUCAUGACAGCAGCCAUGCUCUUGAGGACAGGGAACAGGAGAAAAAAGUGGCCAGGAAACGUCUCUACAUCGUCUCGACUAUCUGUCUGAUCUUCAUGGUGGGAGAAAUCUUGGGUGGCUAUUUCGCUGGCAGCCUGGCAGUGAUGACGGAUGCUGCCCACUUACUUGUGGAUUUCACUAGUUUCAUUAUUAGCCUGUGCUCUUUGUGGUUGUCAUCCAGGCCUGCUACACACACACUAAACUAUGGAUGGCAUCGUGCAGAAAUCCUUGGUGCUCUACUGUCGGUCUUUACAAUUUGGUUGGUGACUGGAGUGUUGGUGUAUCUAGCAGUGGAACGUCUCAUCAGCGAUGACUUCGAAAUUGAGGGCACUGUGAUGCUCAUCACCUCUGGAUGUGCUGUCAUAGCCAACAUCAUAAUGGCACUCACUUUGUACCAGUCAGGGCAUGGUCACAGCCAUGGGGGACUUAGCUCUCAUGGUCACAGCCACAGCCAUGGAAAGAAAAAAAAUCCGAGCCGUUCUAAUGUUGACUGCUACAGUCUAGAAAAUCAAGGGCAUGUUAAGAAGACCCAGGAAAAUGCCAGUGUUAGAGCUGCCUUUGUGCACGUGAUCGGAGACCUUCUGCAGAGCGCCAGUGUCCUUGUUAGCGCACUAAUCAUCUUUUUCAGGCCGGAGUACAAGAUUGCAGAUCCUAUCUGCACCUUCCUGUUCUCUCUGUUUGUCCUGGGCACCACAAUCACCAUCAUGAGGGACAUUCUGCUGGUCUUAAUGGAAGGGACACCAGCAGGUGUGAACUAUAGGGAGGUGAGACAGAGGUUGCUCUCCAUUAAGGGUGUGAAAGCAGUACACAACCUCCACAUCUGGGCUCUGACCAUGAACCAGGCAGUUCUCUCUGCACACGUAGCUAUAGAUGACACUGCAGAGCCACAGCUGGUGCUCAGAGAGAUGACCCAGUCCUGCUUCACCACAUACAGCUUUCACUCCGUCACCAUCCAGCUGGAGCAGCAAUCAGACCAGAGACCAGACUGCAGCCUCUGUCAGGACCCCAAACACUGAAGCAGUCCAAAACAACGGUUAUAAUAUCAAGGACCUUCGUUAAAAUCUUACUGUAAUUCAGUACUGUAUUUGUAUCUAUCUGAGUACUUCUGAGUAGUUUGGUUAGUUUUAUCAGUGAAGAUUGGAUUCAUGUGAAGCCACAUGGGUUUAAAUCCUGCCUCUGUGUAUUUUUAUCUAUACUUUGCUGUAUAAUUCGAUUUAUUACAUGCUAUAGUAAAAUUUGUUCAGUGUUUAAUGCUUAUUAGUAGAACAGAAUACAGUCUCAGUAUACAAUUUGUCAUUUAUAA